AUGGAUGACUACCGAUUUCGCGCCCAGCAGUCGCCCCGGACUGAGGCGCCAAUGAACUCCCUUGUCUCACCACCGAGAAAUCGAAUCCCUCAGCAAGACCUGCGAGGCACUUUGCCUCGCCGCUUCACCACUGAUUCGGGACGUGUACCAACAUUGUCGACAUUGACUUCCCUUCAACGUCCUGUAGACCCGCAGGAGUAUACAACGGCUCUGCAUAAGAAGAAGCAGGAAUAUGAGACCCUUUUGGAGCAAAAGAGACGCUUCGAGGCCGAAAUGAGAAAGUUUGAGGUCCAACAACGUCAGGAAGAGGCCGAGAUGCGACAGAUGGAGCUUGAGCUUACCAAGAACAAUGUCUUUGGCUUGCCAGGUCACCAGUCUGAGCCUACGACACCUCCCGAGUAUCGGGAGACUUCCACCGGAUUCCCCACCAUGUUCUCGCGGCCGAAUCGGUAUUCUCUAUCAAGCUUGACAUCGCCACCGGGGUUGUUCAACCGACCGGGCAGAUCAGGAUCCAACUUACAAUCUCCUCGAUCGGGAAUCAUGCCUUCGCAGUCGCGCGCAUUCGCGUUCGAUGACCACCUACCUUCGCGAUCAACACCAGCAACCCGCAGAAACAGUGACGAGGACGAGAAGGAAGAGGCACUUCGGCAAGAUCCUACCAGCCACCGCUCUAGCAACGCCCUCAACCGCUAUUCUAUGCCGGUAACCCGCAGAGGCAAUCCUCUUUACGACAACAUUGAUCAGACCAACGCGGCCGGAUUCUUGUUCCGUGACGACGAGUCUACAAUGGAGUCUACAUAUGCUGGUCUUGACAAAGCUGGUGAUGAUGGUUUCCCCAAGCUCAUUCAGAAGAGCAAUCCCAACCGGCUUUCUACAUCUUCUAUUGCUUUGGACGUGUCACCCUUUCCUGCUACUACCUCUGAAGCUUCCAACGGUUGGGGCAAGAUGUCUUCGCUUCACCGACCUCAGCAGAGUCUCUCUAAUCUCGAAUCGAUGCAGUUGGCUUCCGCCGAGUCCGUGGUCUCAGGCCAUGGCAGCACAUCCUCAGAUGCUAACAGCAUCGGAGCGCGCUCUGGCUUCCGUCACUCACUUGACCUCACCAAGCAGCAGGGUCUGGAUUUCAACUAUUUGAAGGAAGUUGGGCCGGAGAAUGGCGGCAUGAUCAAGUCCCCUUCUGCCUCUCAGACAAUUCCUCCCAAGUUGCAGACUUCGUUCUCUGCCAACGACAUCCAUGCUGCUAACAAACCUACCGGCGCCCCCAACCCGUCUAAUGCCAGCACAAAUGCCCAUGCUCAGCAGCAUUUCCACAACCACAACGCAAGCAUCGGUCGCAUUCCCCCGGGUGUCAUGCCUAAGCACACUCGUGAGCUCUCGAAUGAUGGUCACAUGGGUGGCAUGCCCCAGUCCUCUACAUAUCCUUCGAUCGGUUCCGCUCUUCAAGCAAAUGCGCCCACUUUUGGGCCUUCUGGCAUGACUUCGCAAGCUCCCACUCCCAAUGUGUCGUCGCCUUCUAACUCUUCUGCUAACGGCUAUCCACCUUACUACGGCAAUGCCAACUUUAACAACCCUGCCACCCCUAAUGGCAACAACUACGGCAUGAAUAUGCUGGUGCAGGGUAUGCCCAAUUUGAACAUUAACGGUUAUCCUCACCAGCCGAACUUCACCAGCUACGGCGCAAUGUAUCAACCUCCUCCCCAGCAGCCCCAGCAGCAGCAGCAGCAGCAGCAGCAGCAGCAGCAGUCCCAGCCUCGCGAUUCCCAGCAGCGAGUUAUUCAGCAGCGCCGUGCCCAAGAUAAUGAAGCCAUGAGCCGUUUCAAUGGUGCCCCUCUCAGCAACUUCCAUGGCACUAUCCUCGAGCUUUGCAAGGACCAGCACGGUUGCCGAUACCUCCAAAAGCAAUUGGAGAAUCGCCUUCCUCACGAAGUCCACCAAAUCUGGUUGGAGACAAACGCCCAUGUAGUGGAUCUCAUGAUGGAUCCCUUCGGCAACUAUCUAUGCCAGAAGUUGCUCGAGUACUGCACUGAUGAUGAACGCACUGUUCUGAUCCGCAAUGCUGCCGACUCCAUGACCAGAAUCGCUUUCAACCAGCAUGGUACUCGUGCUCUUCAGAAGAUGAUAGAAUUCGUUACUCUACCUGAGCAUGUUCAGCUUAUCAUUGAGGCACUCCGCUACCAAGUUGUUGAGCUCAUUAAGGACCUUAACGGCAAUCAUGUCAUCCAGAAGUGUCUUAACAAGCUGACCUCGGAGGACAACCAAUUCAUCUUCGAGGCCGUUGGCAAGCACUGCAUUGACGUGGGCACCCACCGUCACGGAUGUUGUGUCCUGCAGCGAUGCAUCGACCACGCUGCUGGCGAACAGAAGAUCACACUCAUCAACCAGAUUACCGAGAACGCGGCUCGACUUGUUCAAGAUCCCUUCGGUAACUACGUGGUUCAGUAUAUCAUCGACCUCAAUGAGCCAAGUUUCACAGAGCCUCUAGUCAAGAAGUUCUUGGGUAGCAUUGGCAGACUGUCACGUCACAAGUUCAGCUCCAACGUCAUGGAAAAAUGCCUGCGAUGUGCAUCUGACGAAUGCAAGGACUUGAUGGUUCGUGAGAUUCUGGAGUCAGGUGAGAUGGAGCGUCUGCUACGAGACAAUUAUGGCAACUACGUUGUGCAGACCGCCCUGGACCAUUGUAGCACGCCCGUCCGCAACCAGUUGAUCGAUGUCAUUCGUCCUAUCAUCCCUAAUGUCCGCGGUACUCCUUACGCUCGUCGCAUUUCAGCCAAGAUUAUAAAUUACGACGGUCCUAGCAGCUCCAACCGAAGCAGCGGCCAGAACACUCCAUCCGAUCCUUCUGGCGGCCAGCUCUCUCUUCGCAAUUCUGGCCACACUGCUGGCAACGGCACUGGUGGCUUCGGAGGCCGUAUGGACUACAGCAAUGGCAUGUCUCGAGGUCGUGGUCAUUCCGGCUAUCAGCCCAACAACUCUGGCAACGUACCCCCUCCUCAGCCGCCACGAGUGAGCCAGGGCUACACCUAUCCAGGCACCAACGGUCAGCAAGGUGCUGGAGAUGGUCAGUUCUUCUAA